AUGGCGUCAACUAGGGUUUUUGGGCGGAGUUGUAGGACUUUGAUGGCAGCCGCAAAGAGCUCCGCCGCCACCGCCUCAGCACCGAAGGCCGGCGGCCCCAGCGGCAUACUAAAGCCGGUCACUGUUUCCCCUGCUCUCGGCAAGUUUCUUGGAGUUCCUGAAGUAUCUCGCUCCGAUGCUGUGAAGAAAGUCUGGGAGUACAUCAAAACCCGCAAUCUUCAGGAAGAGUUUGGAGUUGUCAGUCUUGGAUACAUGUCCAUAUGCUCCAUACGUUAUUCAAAACUUGUGCUCUUACCCUUUUUCCAGAACCCAGCAAACAAGAAAGAGAUAUUUUGUGAUGAGAAAUUGAAGACCAUCUUUAAUGGGAAGGAUUGUGUUGGGUUUCUGGAGGUUGCAAGAUUAUUGUCUCAGCAUUUUCAAAAGGCUGGCUGA